UCUCUCAGGUCCCUCGCUCGGGCUCCGCGCGCCCCGACUGCGGCGCGCUCGGGGAGAAGCUGGGCCCUGGGUGGGAUCUCACGGAGCAGCCCGCCGCCGCCGGCAGAGCCGGGCUUGGAGAGCACGGGGUUCCCCUCUGUCUACGGCGCUGGGCGCCCCAGCCUCGCCGCGCUCUCCGCCUCGCUCUCCCCGGCGUCGGGCGUGGAGAAGACAGCAGCAUCGGGAGUCUCCCGCGCCCUCGGCCCCUGGUCCGGCCCCGGCGGGGCGCCCCCUUCCCUCCCCGCUCCGGCGCGCGGGGGCCCGGCCCGCUUCCGCCUCCUGGGGCGGCCGCCGGUGUCUCCGGCCAUGGGCUCCGCGCGCGUGCCCGGGCUCUGCCUACUGGUCCUGCUGGUCCACGCCCGCGCCGCGCAGCACAGCAAAGCCGCGCAAGAUGUGGACGAGUGUGUGGAGGGGACUGACAACUGCCACAUUGAUGCUAUCUGCCAGAACACCCCACGGUCAUACAAGUGCAUCUGCAAGUCUGGCUAUACAGGGGAUGGUAAACAUUGCAAAGAUGUGGAUGAGUGUGAACGAGAGGAUAAUGCAGGUUGUGUGCAUGACUGUGUCAACAUCCCUGGCAAUUACCGAUGCACCUGCUAUGAUGGAUUCCACCUGGCACAUGAUGGACACAACUGUCUGGAUGUGGACGAGUGUGCUGAGGGCAACGGCGGCUGUCAGCAGAGCUGUGUCAACAUGAUGGGCAGCUAUGAGUGCCACUGCCGGGAAGGCUUCUUCCUCAGCGACAAUCAGCACACAUGCAUCCAGAGGCCAGAAGAAGGAAUGAAUUGCAUGAACAAGAACCAUGGCUGUGCUCACAUUUGCCGGGAGACACCCAAAGGGGGUAUUGCCUGUGAAUGCCGUCCUGGCUUUGAGCUCACCAAGAACCAGCGGGACUGUAAAUUGACGUGCAACUAUGGCAACGGUGGCUGCCAACACACGUGCGAUGACACAGAGCAGGGUCCCCGGUGCGGCUGCCAUGUCAAGUUUGUGCUCCACACUGAUGGGAAGACAUGCAUCGGGGAAAGGCGGCUAGAGCAGCACAUGCCCCCUCAGGCCGUUUCUAAUGAGACCUGUGCUGUUAACAACGGAGGCUGCGACAGUAAGUGCCACGAUGCAGCGACGGGUGUCCACUGCAGCUGCCCUGUGGGCUUCAUGCUGCAGCCAGACAGGAAGACCUGCAAAGACAUAGAUGAGUGCCGCUUGAACAAUGGGGGAUGUGAUCACAUUUGCCGCAACACGGUGGGCAGCUUCGAAUGCAGCUGCAAGAAGGGCUAUAAGCUUCUUAUUAAUGAGAGAAACUGCCAAGAUAUAGAUGAGUGUUCCUUUGAUCGAACCUGUGACCACAUAUGUGUCAACACACCUGGAAGCUUCCAGUGCCUCUGCCAUCAUGGCUAUGUGCUGUAUGGUGUCACCCACUGUGGGGAUGUGGAUGAGUGCAGCAUCAACCGGGGAGGUUGCCGCUUUGGUUGCAUCAACACUCCUGGCAGCUACCAGUGUACUUGCCCAGCAGGCCAGGGCCGGCUGCACUGGAAUGGCAAAGAUUGCACAGAGCCAGUAAAGUGUCAGAGCAGUCCUGGUGCCUCGAAAGCUGUGCUCAGCUGCAACCGGUCUGGCAAGAAGGACACCUGUGCCUUGACCUGCCCCUCCCGGGCCCGGUUUUUGCCAGAGUCUGAGAAUGGCUUCACGGUGAGCUGUGGCACCCCCAGCCCCAAAGCCACUCCAGCCCGGGCUGGCCAAACUGGGAACAGCACAAACUCCAACCACUGCCAUGAGGCUGCAGUGCUGUCAGUUAAACAGCGGGCUUCCUUCAAGAUCAAGGACGCCAAAUGCCGCCUGCACCUGAGAAACAAAAGCAAAACGGAGGAGGCCAGCAGAAUCAUGGGUCCAGGUGGUGCCCCCUGCUCUGACUGCCAGGUCACCUUCAUCCACCUCAAGUGUGACUCCUCUCGGAAGGGCAAGGGCCGGCGGGCCCGGACCCCUCCAGGCAAGGAAGUCACUCGGCUCACCCUGGAACUGGAGGCAGAGGUCAGAGCCGAAGAAACCACAGCUGGCUGUGGACUGCCCUGCCUCCGACAACGAAUGGAACGGAGGCUGAAAGGGUCUCUGAAGAUGCUUAGAAAGUCCAUCAACCAGGACCGCUUUCUGCUGCGCUUGGCAGGCCUUGAUUAUGAACUAGCCCACAAGCUAGGCCCAGUAGCUGGGGAGCGAGCUGAGCUGGUAGAGGCCUGUAGGCCUGGGCAGCACCGUGCUGGGGCCAAGUGUGUCAGCUGCCCGCAGGGGACGUAUUACCACGGCCAGAUGGAGCAGUGUGUGCCAUGCCCAGCGGGCACCUUCCAGGAGAGAGAAGGGCAGCUCUCCUGCGACCUUUGUCCUGGGAGUGAUGCCCAGGGGCCUCUCGGAGCCACCAACAUCACCACGUGUGCAGGUCAGUGCUCACCUGGCCAAUACUCUGUAAAUGGGUUCAAGCCCUGCCACCCAUGUCCACGUGGCACCUACCAACCUGAAGCAGGACGGACCCUGUGCUUCUCAUGUGGUGGGACCCUUCCCACCAAGCACGAGGGGGCCAUCUCCUUCCAAGACUGUGACACCAAAGUCCAGUGCUCCCCUGGGCAUUACUACAACACCAGCAUCCACCGCUGUAUCCGCUGUGCCAUGGGUUCCUAUCAGCCUGACUUCCGUCAGAACUUCUGCACCCGCUGUCCAGGAAACACAAGCACAGACUUUGAUGGCUCCACCAGUGUGGCCCAGUGCAAGAAUCGCCAGUGUGGUGGGGAGCUGGGUGAGUUCACUGGCUAUAUCGAGUCCCCCAACUACCCAGGCAACUACCCAGCAGGCGUGGAGUGCAUCUGGAACAUCAACCCCCCACCCAAGCGCAAGAUCCUUAUUGUGGUACCCGAGAUCUUCCUGCCAUCAGAGGAUGAGUGUGGGGACGUCCUCGUCAUGAGAAAGAACUCCUCCCCAGCCUCCAUUACCACCUAUGAGACCUGCCAGACCUAUGAGCGCCCCAUCGCCUUCACAGCCCGCUCUAGGAAGCUGUGGAUUAACUUCAAGACAAGUGAGGCCAACAGUGCCCGUGGCUUCCAGAUCCCCUAUGUUACCUAUGAUGAGGACUAUGAGCAGCUGGUAGAAGACAUUGUACGAGACGGCCGGCUCUAUGCAUCUGAAAACCACCAGGAGAUCUUAAAGGACAAGAAGCUCAUCAAGGCCUUCUUUGAGGUGCUGGCCCACCCCCAGAACUACUUCAAGUACACAGAAAAGCACAAGGAGAUGCUGCCAAAAUCCUUCAUCAAGCUGCUCCGCUCCAAAGUUUCCAGCUUCCUGAGGCCCUACAAAUAGUGCCCCUAAGUCCAAGACCCAGGUUUUGAAGUCCCCAGACUCCUUAGCCCUGAGAGCCGGCAGCCCCACCCUCAGAUGAGGAACUCUCUCCUUCCUUCUGGAGGACAGAAAAAAAAACAUAACUAUAUAGACAAGGACUCUCACUUCCUGUCUGUCUAGCUUCCUUUCCUUCUCUGUGUGUUUGUGUCUCUCUUUACUGUUUUCCCUUUUCCUUCAUACUCCCUAGAAAAGCCAUUCAGUGCUGGCUCUAUUCCCCCCUGAGGGGAGAAGGAACAAUACCUCCCUUCCUCUCCCCAGCCAUACUGCCUGUUUUACCAGCUCACAUCCCUGCCUCCAUCAACCUGGAAGGGUGCUAGAGGCCCAUGAAGGAAGUGGGUCUAGUACAGAAUGGGGAGGAGUAAGCGGGGCUUCUGCCAUUAUAGGGUUGUGCCUUGCUAGUCAGGAGCCAAAAUCUUCCUUGGCUGUGCCCCAAAAAAGCCUUUAAUUUACAGGCUUAAUGCCAGCACUGGCCCUCUGGGGCAUGUGGUUUGAGCCCUGGACUGCCCAUGCAGCCAGCUUUAUUGUCUUGAGAGCUCCUCUCCUUCUUCCCCUACAUGUCUGCCUGGGGUCCAGUCCAUGAGGGCUUACAAAAGGCCCACACCACUGGGUAACAGACACCAGCUGAAUAAGGAAGAGUAGCAAGCAUUACUGUGUUGAAUGCACCACUGUCAAUCCCCAAGAGAAAGACUAUAGCUCUGCAGGAUACAAACCAGGUGUUAAAGCACCGCCAAAAAAAGAAAAUGGAUCAUCUAAAGGACUAGACUAGAUAGCAAUUGGAAGCCAGCCUCAAACACUAAUCCCUCUUUUGUCUCCCCUGGCCCAGCCAUCUCUCACCCCAACCCAAAUGCUCCCUGGGGGAGCCCUAGCCCUACUCUCCUUGCUAAGUGUUGUCCUUAAAGAAACAUGGCUGCUGACCAGAAGCCAGCCUGGGCUUUGCCCCAGAGUUGUCUUUCCUUUGUAGCCCCAGAUGGCUUGUGGACUCCACCAAAGAGGACCCUGCAGCCAGUCCAGAGCCACCUACCUCUGGCCCCAGGCUGUGGGCAGCAAGAGGAAUAUGUGUGCACUUGGAGAAUCUUCUGCCCACCCUGUCCAGAUCUACUAAGUGCAAUCAUUUUGAGACUUUCUAUGUUGUCUAGAGGGAGGGAUUUUUGUUUUCUGAUUUUUUUUCUUUUUCCUCUAUUAAAACAACCCUAUUUAUAGCUGCCCAAGAGGGAAGAGUGUAUGUUUGGAGUGGAAGAAAAAAGGUUUUGCAUCUCAUGAACCUUGAGUGCUGGAGCAUCUCAUCUGCCUCUACCCCCUCCAGUGGCCAUCCAGACCUCGAGAGCCCUCAGCUGCGGUAACCCACAGCUGUUGCUCAGAGGCACCUGAUGUGUAGGUCAGUAAUUCUGGGGACUUAAUGGAGCAGAAAGGAGAGGGACCUGUGUUUGAUAAACCAAUCAUGCCAUCCCUAUGCCUCUGCACGGAUUCAGCAUGGACCUCGGGAUUGGAGAUUCCAAUGGAACUGGUCAGUGAUUCUUCACCCCAAGUAGGGAAACCCUCCAUCUUUUCUGUCUUCAUCCUGUUUUCCCCUGGUGUGCACAUGGAAGAUCAGGCCAUACCCCCUGGGGGUGGGCUGACUCAGGGCCCUGAGGCUAGAGACAAAGCUGUAGGAGCUAAGAAUAAGACAGUUUUUCAGGCAUGAAGUUGUUUGCCUGACCUUGGCCACUCUGCCUACCCCAACAUGUUCGCCAUUCUCUCUUGGAGUUGAAUUCAAGCCUAGCUUCCUCAAUUACUACUUUUCAAAAGGAGGAAGAAUCAAGUCCCUACCCAAGCCCAGAUCCUACAUACAUGCCACCCUCAAUCCCACUGCUGCCUGUAAAAUUAUUUUCCAUUUGCUCCUUCUAGUUACCCAAGGCUGUAGUCCUCAAUCAAAGGCUACCAGAUAACUCCUAGGGUUCAUUUCUAAUUGACUGUCCUAGGCAACUGCUCCUCCCGCAGACUCAACACUGAAUAAAGGAGCCUGACAACUCCCCACCAGUAGCAUCCACAGCCAAAACAGCCUCAGGCAGUAGGUAGCAGAUGUCACAGCUAGAUCCCCUGACAUCCAUUAGCCAAUACUGUGGGCCUCAGUGGUGGAGUGUUUGGCUACCUUUGUCUCUCUAGGUCAGAGGGUUCUGCUGUAAAGAUACAAAUGGCUGCUUCCAAGUAGGGUCAUUUAAUAAAAGUACCCACACAUCCCAGGAAAUGGCCAUGAAAACUGUUUUAAUCAAUUUUGAUCAUCCUAAUUCUCCACUAGAAGCUAGAAUAACUUUACAAUUUCCUUUCUCCCCACCAUUUUGCAUCUUAGAAGGCCAGAGUUCUUCUCAAUUCAUGCCUUCAAAGUCUGGCUUUUCCUUGCUCUCAUCCUUUCCUGUCACCCCAUACAUACACAUAAACACACUUCCUCCAAUCAUUUAUUCCAUGGUUUCUGCAAUCUGCAAAUGAUUUCCACAGUAUGUAUAGAUCACUAGGCUUCUUAACUGAUGUCAAGACAGAUCUUGGUGAGCAGGUGAAGACCUGAUAACAUCCACCAAAUUUAAUUUAGGUUGUCCAGGUUGGGGGUUAAGAAUCCAGGCAAAGCUCCUGCUGAACUUAUGGAGGAAGCUGACUCUGGGACAUCAAACUAGAGGAUAAGUAGAUUGAAUGAGGAGUCAGUUCUCAGGGACUCUCUACGCCUUUACAGGUCAGACAGAAAAUUUGGUUUUCACCAUGUGGGGAAGUAGAAAAAAAUGUAAAUACAAACUCAUGAACCAGCCCAAAGGCCUCUCUGCAGGAGGGAAUGUUUACAGGGUCACAGUAAUGUGAGGCCUCAUUUAUCUUAGUACAAAACCUGCCCUGAUCUGGGAAUGGAAAGCCAUUUCUGCAAGGGCUCUGUGAUGCAAAUCAGAAAGGCACUUAUAUCUUCAGUAACAUGGCAAUCCCUUUUUACUUUUCUGCUUCCCUCUUUCUGUAUUAUUAGGCCUGGCCCACUCUUAAACCAUAAGGGAGCUCUCAAAGGCCUGAGAAAACUGACCAGAGACUGGACUUGAGCUGCCCUGCCCCAGGCCUACAGAUCCCCAGAGGCUGACAUUGAGCUGUGACUGCUUUUGACUUCCCCAGUACGGGUUAGUUUGAGGUGGUGGAGGUUCAGUUUUGUUGCUGAAAGUUCAGUAAUACAGUCCUAGUUUUUGGCCCUAAUGAAACUUUAUAUCCAAAACGUGUUCUCCAUAUGUUUGUUUGAACUUACUCUGGAAUGGAUUAGGAGGUCUUAUCUCAAAGUAUCAGAAAAUAUUAUAUUCAAAUUUUUAUAUUUGCUUCUUAACCUCAAUAUAACAGACUCAAACUAGGGGAAGGGAAUGGACCAUAUAGUAUAGCUGACCAUAAGCAGAAAGUAAUGCUAACCUGUUUGGCUUCUUAAGCACAGUAAGAGAAAAGUGGAAGCAACACAAGGGUAUCUUUAAAUCUGCCUCAAAGGUAGCACAGCCUGUCCUUGGGCCAUUAUUUGAAUUAGUAACCUUUUAACAAAAUAUAUGAUUAAAAGGACUAGAACCCCCAGUUCUGUUACCAGCUUAUCUAGACAACACAGAUUAUAGCAGUUUGGACAACCUGAAAGCUAUUCUUCUGUGUGAGCUGAACUGAAGUUUUAAAGAAUAAUCAUUACCAUGUGAGAGGCUUUUUUUUAAAUGCAGAAUAAAUCUCAGAAUGUUGUAUUUAUGUCUGCUAUCCACUGCUGUCAAUAUAGUAAGCAUCUCGUACACAAUCAACAAUAAACAAUAAAUGUUGCAGUUGAUAGAGUAUUUUGCACUUGGGGAAAAAAAAUGUAUCUGAACUUGUAAAAAGAUGUUUGGAUUUUGUAUUGUCUUUUUUAUUAUUAUUAAAAUAUUAAAUGAAACUCCUCAGCCUGGUAUUUUUUGCUCUGUCUCAAUAGCUUAUCCGAGAGCUAGAGAGAGCUUGGAGGAGACAAAAUGUUUUCUAGCUUCCAGAUAGGACUUACCCAAAUUUUUCAUUUAUCUGUUUUACUCCUAAUGAUUCUAGAAUUUGAAAAGGCUUGUCUCUUUGUCUAUUCUUACAGCAGUAUCAAGAAUUAUCCUCUGAGGGGGAUCAAGAGGCAGGGGUAAAUUCAGGGUAUUGUUCUUCCUCUCCACAGUACAGUUCCCAAAAGCUGGCCAGGCCAAAAACUCCCUAGUCAAGAUGUCCCACUUCUAGCAAAGUAGCAGCACUAUGAAUCACCCAAGGUUGUUCUUUUUUAUGCAGUACAUUCUUGGCCACCAAACACAAUUCUGAAAUACAGAUCAUUCAGCCACUACCACAGGGCAUGAGAAAGCAAUCUCCAAUCUCUUAAUAAGCGAACAGUCCCAAUUUCUAGGCUCAGAUAAUAGAUAAAACUUAGUUGUUGUAAUUAUAUAAUUCCUGACAUGAAAUUUUAUUGGAUUUAAUAUCUACACGAUAUAGCCAUUUAAGAGGAACAAGGAAAUAUCUACCUGAUCAAAAAAUAUGUUGGAUUGGCCUCCCAGAAUCCUGAAUUUCCACAUUACCAUCCAUAAAGUACACAGAUGCAUUACUGAACUGUUAUAUGCCAGGCACAGUGCAUCAGGCUAUCAUGGCUUGAUAACAGUAGCCAUGCUCAAGAUUUAUGCUCCUCAUGUAAGAUUAUUACAACUGAUCUCUCCACAUAGACUUUCCAAUGGGAGAGAAAAUCCACUCUACUUGGUGGCUGAGUAUAAAUUAUCAUUCUAUUUAAUAUAUUGCAUGACUUUGAUUUAGCAUGAUAAAACAUGAGCAACUCUCUAUGAAAUGCCAAAAUCACAUUUCUAGAACUGCAAAGCUAAGGUCCAUAAACAGGACUGUUGUGACUACACCAAUUUGGGACCAUCCUCUCUGACUUCUCUCUUAACCCCCUUCUAUUCCAAAAACACUAAGUCUUACACCUUCUUCUUAGUACACUUCCAGUAAUAUCCCAGAAUAAUAUAUAAACAGGACCAGUGGACUGUGGGUCUGCCUAUAUCAAGCAAUCUUUAAAAUGAGGUACAUGAAGACUUUCAAAGGAAUUUUUCCAAGGGUAUGUGAAAACUUCCCAGGGGGUACCAGGGCAAGGAAAUGAAUGGGCGGAGAGUUCUAAGGGAAUACAUUUCCAGAUCCUCAACUUUCAUAAGAAAUCUUCCCUAAAAUGAAUGAGAACCAGCCACCAUAUUCAUCCACAUUAUUCAUUCCACCUCCUUUCACCAUAGUCUCUGUCCAACUUUACAAAAGAAAGGCAUAUCCCUCACCUACCCUGAAUUUUGAAGCAUGGUCCAGGGUAUAAAAACCUGGGGUAAGAGGGAGAGGUUUUUUCCCCCUCAUAUCAAAAUAUUAUAAUUAUAAUCAGUCUUCUUAUAAUAGAACUCUUUUUACUAUUUUCUACUUCCAACUAGCAACAAAUCAAAUUGUUGGUUAGCUCCUCAACCCAUUAUUUACUAGCAAAUAUACUUUUUAUUUUUUAUUAAAUACUUAAGAGAAAGUUUGUCAUGAGAUCUAACAAAACUAUGGGAGUUAUUUCUGAUUUUUAUACAUGAUUCUUACUUAAUUGUUCCCAAAAGCCAAACAUCAGAAUUCAACACAAGCACAUACCCACAUUUGCCAAGGGGAUAACAUGCCUUUUACCCUACUUCUCUCACUUAAUAAAUUAACUAAUGGAUUUAGCAGUAGAUUACAUGGCAUUAUUCCAAAUUAUAUAAUGAGAAAACAGUAUUAUCCCAUUUUCACAUUUUAUAAUACUAAUACUAGAUCUAUGUAAUUUUAAUCAUGAUUAAUUCUUAGUAAUCUAUAAGCUACAGUUAACUUAUUUCCCAGUGAUAUUUAUUAAAACAAAUGUUAACAUAUUUAUUUGAAAAAUAAAGUCAGACUUUUUCCUGUUAGAAAGUUAAGUCUUAUUUGGCUGGAUUGGUUUGAAAUGAAGACUGGCUUUGCUAAUUUCACAAAUGGCACAUAUUUUCCAUAUUGAAGUGAAUCUGCACUUCAAUAUUUUAACAAGAUUCCUGAAAACAUGUAAUUGUAAAAUAAUUUUAUCAAAAGAAUUGUGUUGGCAAAGGAGUAUGAAAAUCAGUAUCCGAUUAACAAGGCGCCCCUUAGCGAAAAGGUAACAGAUGAUAAUCAUUUUUAUAAGACUGAAACUGAGACUCUAAUGACUAGUUAACAAAUCCUUUGACAAGGUCAGUGGUUUCCAAAUCUUUGCUUUUAAUAAAAUUAAAGGAGGACUCCAUCUGACAGUAUUUGACAAUAGUAUUUGGUAAUAGGACAUUCUGUGAUUGUUGGCAUACAGUUUAGAUGUAGUUCAAAGACUUAAGGAAUAUGACUGACAAACCUCUUCCUUUCCCAUUUACUAUGUGAACAAGGUUUCUCAAAGCUUAUGUCUAUAAAAAUAAAAAACAGAAUUGAUGUUGCGCCUUAUCUCCUUCUACCAUUAGGUAAUAUUAAUCCAUGAAUACCUGAACUAACUGAGGAGAAACACCAAAUUUCUCAUUAAGAGAUAUAUUUUCAAUAAAACUGUACUUUUUAGGUUUCAGUUAUAAAAAUGUGUAAUACAUUUAUGUUGUUUAAUAAACUGUGUACUAGUAAAACUGUAAUGACAAUUCAAUUCAGAAAAAACAUUUUAACAAAAUCUAUGGUCACAGGCAAUAAAUUUAUACUAAACUUUUGUAGCAAAGAAGUGUGACAGUGAUGAGUAAAAGACUUAAAAGCAGGCAAAUAUUAGGAUAAAGUGCUGUAGGGAAAAUGAAUGGAAUUAGUUCAAGAAGAAACCAUACUAAAUUUCUGUUAUAGAAGAGCUUGUUCAUAUAUUUUAAAUGGAUGAUGAUGGACAUCCAAUAUUUAGGGUUUCGGAGUCCACUUGAUACAUUAGGAAUGAUGUAACAGUGUUAGUUUAAAAUGUCAAAAUUUACAGUAAGUCAGAAAUAAUACCCUCUAUAAGUACUUAAAUUUAUGAUGGAAAAUUUAGGUAUCAACUUAAAAAUGGACAAGAGUGUACAUAGUUCUUUAAAAUUUUUUAUGAAGUCCACUCUUUAAAAUGUCUUCAGACUAUUAAGUCUAUAUGGUAUAUUGCAGGAGUGGGGCUCAAACAGAAGCUGGUAGAAAUUAUUUCAAUUUUCCACUCCAAAAUAUCUUCCUUCGUACCUGAAAUUACCCAUCAGAAUCUUAAACUUCAAGUUUCAGACACUAGUUCCCCAGCGUUUUUGUUAAUUGUGUAACAGGAGAUGUGAUUAGCCAAUCAGAUAAGGAUCUUCAAGAAAUGUGAGAAAAGACAGAUGUUUUUAUUAUGUAAAAAGUUGGGGUGUUGGGGGAGACAACCUGAUUUCUAUUCCCUACUCUAACCAGGAGUUUAUACUACAGGACAGGCUACUUUUUCUCUCUGUAUCUAUGUAAAAUAACAUGUCAAACUUUUACAAAAGAGGAACAGAAAUAGGGCAGGACAGUAGUCAGGCUGUUUAUUUCUAUACCAGGAGGUAUAAAAAGGAUUAUUAACCAUAAGAAUGGGCCACCAUUGUCACUCACUGCCCACCUAAACUGAGAGCCUGAUGAGAAUUCUGGCCUCAGAACUGCCUCUGGAAAUGUUGUGCCAAAAUAAGUUAAGACUGGGAAGAGGGGAUGUCCAAAAUUGAAAGGCUCAGAGGUAAGCUCUUCAGACAGCGGAGAACAGUCCGUCAGCGCCCCCAGUGGCAUCUUUAUCUACCAUAAGCCCCAAACCCAAUACUUUACAAUGUUUCUACUUUAUCGAAAUACUUUUUUUUUCAAUUAAAAAUGAGAGUAGCUUUAUUUAGUCCCAUGAAGGAAAAAGUGUAUAUAUAUAUAUAUAUAUUUUUUUUUUUGGUAUCAUUAAUCUACAAUUACAUGAGCAACAUUAUGAUUAGACUCCCCCCAUCAAGUCCCCACCACAUACCCCAUUACAGUCACUGUCCAUCAGUACAGUAAGAUGCUAUAGAAUCACUACUUGUCUUCUCUGUGUUGUACAACCCUCCCCGUGACCCCCCCCACAUUAUGUGUGCUAAUCGUAAUACCCCUUUUUACCCCUUAUCCCUCCCUUCCCACCCAUCCUCCCCAGUCCCUUUCCCUUUGGUAACUGUUAGUCCAUUCUUGGGUUCUAUGAGUCUGCUGCUGUUUUAUUCUUUCAGUUUUUUUCUUUGUUCUUAUACUCCACAUAUGAGUGAAAUCAUUUGAUACUUGUUCGAAACACUUUUUUUUAAGUUAAAUUGGUUUUUUUUUUUCGGAUGCUGCGGAGGAGGAGAUACAAAAGAAAUGAGGUAAAGUCUAAAAGGAUAGAGAAGGAAAAGAUUCUCACCUCAUUCCUCCAGACACCCAAUUCCUCUCCUGAGACAACCUUUACCAGUUCCUUAUCUAAAUCCUCUCAUUUUAUUUUUUACCAAAUCUCACUCGCUUUCAUUUUGAAAAUUUCCCAAUUGCAGCCCCUUCCCUACUGGGAGGGGGAAAAUAAAAGAGUUUGGUUUUGUUCACCCCGAACCAAGGCUGCAAAGGGGAAGUACUAGCUGGUGUUUAGGCUGGAGGUGGGGCUGAAGGGAGAGUGAGAACCCUAGAGCACCGUCUGGGCGCCCUCCCUAAAAGGACAAGUUCCUCAAACUCAAUGGCGUCCUUUUCGACAAGGAGCUAGUAAUACCU